AUGUCGCAGCACCAGCAGAUUUUGGAGGAGACCCAAAAGCUGAUCCAAGUGUUGAGGGACCCCAAUGCCAGUGACUCGCAGAAGGCGGACACCGCCAGCAGCCUCCGCCUCUUGGUGGGGAGCGAUGAAGCAAAGCAGCUGGCCGUGGAAAAGCAAGGUGCAGUUCCACCCUUGGUGAAGCUGCUGAAGGAGGGAUCUGAUCGGGCCAAGAAGGAGGCGGCCAAUGCUUUGUAUGCCUUGUCUGGCAAUAAGCAGCUGGCCCAGGCCAUUGUAGCUGCUGGUGGAAAGGAGCCCCUGGUAGCCUUGGCUCGAGAUUGCAGGGAAGAUGAUGAUGUGAAGUGGGGCAGGACUCAUGCUCUGAGAGCUAUGCCGAAUUUGCAUAAGGCUGAGACAGCUGAGGCUGGCUCAGGCCCCAAGCAGUUCCAGGCUCAGGUGAAGGCUUUGGAGAGUGACAGCUCUGAAGAGCAGCGUAAAGCUGCCGAGCAGCUGGGAACCUGGGCUGCGUCAUCCGAUGAGAACCGCGUUGCCAUUCACCACGCCGGUGGUGCUGAAGCACUGGUGGCUCUGGUGGUCACUGGCAGCGAUGACGCCAAAUGCCAUGCUGCCAGAGCCCUCCGACAUCUGGCCAACCAUAAGGAGGCCAAAGAGAAGAUCUUGAAAGCUGAUGGCAUCGCAGUACUGGCCCCCCUUGCAAAGCAUGGGAAGGGGAAAGUUAAAGAGGCGGCCAGUGAGGCUCUCAACUUGCUUUCGAUGGUCGCUGCCAAACCCAGCCCUGCUGCAGCUGCAACCUCGAUUCCAACUGGUGAAGGAACACGCGUUGCGAUGUUUUCGGCUAGGUUCGAUGGAGGUCCAGUCGAGCAGCUCUUCCGAAAGGUUUUCAAGAUCCUUCAGGACAACAAGUACGACAUCCUGAUGGUGGCCGCGGACGCAGGGAAGAGCUUUGGGGAUCUGACCGCCAAGUAUCUUGGCCGUCUUCGCAGCGAACAAGGCACCAUGAUUGCUGUCUGUACCAAGCACUACGGGGAGAUGACAGCGUCUUCGUAUUCCUCACACGAGGAACUGAAGUUUGCGCUUGAGUACAAGAGUUCAAUGACAGUACUGCCAUUGCAGGUGGAAGAUACUUACCCCCCAAAACCACCAGGUGGUCCAGAUCACAAAUUUGACAAGGAGAAGUUGGCCCAGGGCUACAUUGAUAUGGUCUUUAGGCCAAGUGUUGUCAGAUUGGACUGCCGCAACAGCUCCGGCCAACUGAAAUCUGAGACAGACAUAGCAGUGGAUAUCGCAAAGGCUCUGGCUGGGGCUUCCGAUGUGGAUGCUCUGCUCGCGCGGGGCUUCGCCAACCGAGCAACGGAGGGCACCCUCUGUAAUGACAGCUCUUCGCGCUCCCACGUUGUGCUCACGGUGAAAGCCGUGGAACCAGGGCGCGGGCGCUUGGUGCUCGUAGACCUGGCGGGCUCCGAGAACGUCCAACGCAGCGGCGCUGACGAGGAUGCCAAGCUGCUGGCGGAAGCCAAAGCCAUCAACCGAAGUUUGAGCGCCCUGGCGGAUGUGGUCGAGGCCACGGCAAAGCAGCAGAACUUCGUUCCCUACCGCAACUCGCGCUUGACCAUGCUGUUGGAGGACGCACUCUGCAUGUCCCGUGUCCUGCUGCUCGUUCACGUGAGCCCCUUCGCCCGGGACGCCACGGACACAGCCCACUCCCUGACCUUUGCUAGCCGGGUGCGUGCCGUGGACUUUGGGGCCCAACGACUGCGGCAGGACCAAGAGGAUCGUGCGCGGGCGGCGCAGAUCCGAAGCCAACAGGAGGCGCGCCAGCUGCAACAGCAGCUGGACCAAGUCAAGAGAGAGCUCACCGACUCGCAGAAAGCACAAUCUGAGCUCAAGCAACAGGUCUCACAUCUCGGGGAGCAGCUGCGCGAGAGGCAGCGCGAGCUCACACGGGAGCAGGAGCUGCGCUCGCGGGCUGAGGAGAGCGCCCGGGAGAUGCGCCUCGCGGGCCGCAGCGACAGCCUCGCCGCGGGGGCGCCAGGCCGGCCCAGCAGCCCCAUGUCCCGGAGCAACUCGGCCCCGCGGCUCGGGCCAGCGAAGCCUCGGGCGCCCCUGGGGGCCAAGGCCUCCACAGAGCUGCGAGGCACAGCGCCAACCCGACAGCGGCCACAGCCGGCGCUGAACAGGGGCUUCCUGGAAGAAGAGUUUGAGGCUCUGGAUUCCGUGUCGCCCUCCAAAGCACAGACGGGGGACUUGCCACCGAGGAAGCCCUUCCUGGAUCGAACCAAUGAGAAUGACGUGGCCGACGCCGUGAGCCCGGCCACGAAGAUCCUGCUGUCACCGGCCAAGAUGGAGUUCACAAGCCCCACCAAGCCGAUCAAAGACUUCGCGCACACCCUGGGUACUCCGACACGAGGCUCUCUCAUGACGCCGGAAAGGCCAUCGACUCUGAGCCCGUACGGAAAUGCCGAGGCGCCCAACACUGGUGCGGCGGCCGAAGGCAAAACCAAGAGCCCCGUGAAGGCUCUGCAGUACCAUGGCGCCCAGGUGCGUCCCGUACUUAAGAAGCUGCCGACCGAUUUCAAGACCCGCCUCCUGAAGAAGCAGGAGCUUGGGGCGGCCUUCACCACGACAGGCAAGCACGUGACCUUCGCGGAGCAGGAGCAAACGGCCUGUUCACCCCCGAGGUGGUACCUCGACCUGCUCGAGUAUGAGCAGUCCUGUAGACAGGCGGAGUCCAAACCCGAGGCGGCCAAAUCGCCCCGAGGGAGGUCCCUGACCCCUCCACAGCGCCGUCCAGGUGGAAACUCCCCGCUGGCGGCGCUGACUUGUCCUAGGUGCAUCAUCAUUCCCCACAUGGUGAGGAUCGAUUUCAACGGCAACAACAUCGCCACUUGCCUUCCUGGGUUUCUCUUCGGGCUAGAGGUGUCUCUGGCUGAGAUUGACAAGCUCGUUGUUGAGGAGCUCAUGUUAGAGUUCGCGGUCAGCCACGGGGCAUGUGCAUGUUCACUGUUUCAUCUGCAGCCACCCGUUCUCAAAGCCGAGAACAUCAGAGAUUCAGUGGCAGCCAUGGUUGUGCGCACCAUCCGCAAAGAAAGGGACAACGUUCCUUACAAAAGGCAAUCGGCCGUCAACAUGUACUGCAUCGCCAAGUUCGAUGGCAAGAGCUUAGGUGGCAGAAUCGUAGCAGAGAAGCGCGACGAUAACGGGAAGAAGAUCGCCUACACCGUUGAGCUGUUUGGCAUCGAAGGUAUUCAGGUAUGGUUACCGAUCUACAGCAACUGGCCAAGGAAGGUCAUUGCAGUGGCUGAUGUGAAGUUUCGUGGAAUCGACACAGCCAUGCAGGAGUUGCGCAAGACGGCCGAAAUGCUCGAUGAGGCUUGCUGCUCUUUCUCCAUUCAGGUGGUCAAUUGGAAGAUGUUCAAGCGUGAAUGGGACAGUGGCACAGAGACGCGCUUUUAUGGUGGCUGGUACAAGGCAGCCAUCCGCUCUGACGGCGACAGCGACGCCUGGGUCGAGAAGCACGAGUUCAAGAAGCUCUUGGGCUACCUGAUCUACUUCAACAAGCUUUUCUGGGUCUUCGAAAGCUGUGACGGAGACCGAGACAGGCCCGAUGCUUCGCGUUCUUGGCUAUCAGCCGCUUGGGGCUUUCAGGGUUCAGGGGUUAGGGGUUUCGGGAUGCUGUAG